GGUGGGGAUGCCGGUAAUAUAGCGUCGCGACGUCCGGCAUUUGACUUAGUUUCCACUCAACACUCUUGGCACUGUCCAAAACAUUAUCGAAGUUUACCCCAUUACAACAAUCAUCCCGUAUUUUCUAAUAGUUUAAUCAAUCAGUCGACAAAAUGGCGCCACGUAAUAAGGAACAAGAAGCUGAAGUCCUGACCUGGAUCGAGGCAGUUUUGGGGGAGAAAUUACCCAAGGGUGAAUAUGAAGACCUCCUGAGGGACGGAAUUGUCCUGUGUAAUGUCAUCAAUAAAAUCGCCCCUGGAUCAGUGAAGAAAAUCCAGACGAAGGGAACCAAUUUCCAACUCAUGGAAAACGUCCAGAGGUUCCAAGCAGCAAUCAAGGCCUACGGAGUCCCGCAAGAGGAAAUUUUCCAAACUGCUGACCUCUUUGAGAGACGCAACAUCCCUCAAGUGACUUUGUGCCUCUACGCUCUUGCCAGAAUCACGCAGAAACAUCCUGAAUACGCAGGACCUCGUCUGGGCCCCAAGAUGGCGGACAAGAACGAGAGGACCUUCACUGAGGAGCAGUUGCGUGCUCAUGAAGGAGAACUCAACCUCCAGAUGGGUUACAACAAGGGUGCCAGCCAGUCUGGCCACGGUGGCUUCGGCAACACAAGACACAUGUGAAGAACCUUCCCUCAUCCCCAACAUAACUCUAAGAUCAUCACGAUUCAAGAAAUUAUUGCUGUCUCUGCUUUAAAAAAUCGUCAAAUGGCAAUAGCAGGAUGUUGUCAAUUAUUUAAACUCUCGCACAAAACAAACAACACACGCAUACAAUUACCCACCCCCACAUACACACAUAAACAUAUACAUACGUACACUUGUGCACUCAAAACACGAAGAAAACAAAAAAAAAGCAACAAUUGUUGCCUAAAAAUCGGCUAUUUGGAAAAUGUCAUGACAACGCGUCACAAAUAGCGAAGAAUGAAUAAAGAUUUUCUAUUUUA